AUCUUUUUACUAUCCCUUAGUUUACAGCGGAAGAGAGUAAGUAGCGAGUUUAGGCUCAAAUUAGUGAUGGUUUCCGAGUUGAGACAGCAUGCUAAAUUUCCAUGACUUGAACAAUAAUGGGAGAUACAAAAGAGGUUGGGGAUUUGAACAGUUCAAAUUCUGAAGGUGAUACACUUUUAUCCAGUGGGACAGUCACAUGCUGCUCUGCCAGCGUCCUGCCUACAGUGACUCCAUCAUUCUCUGAAGCCCUCUUCCAAAAGAAGGGACACCAUGUCAGGACUCUCACACCUGAGGAAGGGGCAAAACUUGAAAAGGAUACCACUGUCCUAUCGGAUUUCAAGCAACAGAAGCUAGAGAAUGAUGCACAGAAGAACUGGGACUUGUUUUAUAAAAGGAACAGCACAAACUUUUUUAAAGACAGGCACUGGACGACAAGGGAGUUUGAGGAACUCAGAGGGUGCCGACAGACUGAGGCUCAGAAGCUGGUCCUGCUGGAAGCAGGGUGUGGGGUGGGUAACUGUGUGUUCCCUCUACUGGAAGAAGACUUGAAUAUAUUUGUGUACGCCUGUGACUUCUCACCUAGGGCAGUGGAGUAUGUGAAGGAAAAUCCUCUGUAUAGUGCUGAAAGAUGCAAGACUUUCCAGUGUGACCUGACCAAAGAUGACCUGUUGCAGACUAUCCCACCUGACUCUGUUGAUGUUGCAACUCUCAUAUUUGUGCUUUCUGCCAUACACCCAGACAAAAUGCACCUGGCAGUGGAAAACAUUUAUAAAGUAUUAAAGCCAGGUGGAUGUCUCUUGUUCAGGGACUAUGGUCUGUAUGAUCAUGCAAUGCUCAGGUUUAAAUCUGGUAACAAGCUUGGAGAUCAUUUUUAUGUAAGACAAGACGGCACAAGGUCGUUCUUCUUCUCUGAAGAACAUUUGGCACAACUUUUUACUUCAGCUGGGUAUGAAACAUUGGUCAACGAAUAUGUAAGGAGAGAAACUGUUAAUAAGAAGGAAGGACUGUGUGUCCCAAGGGUGUUUCUUCAAAGCAAAUUCAAGAAACCGAAAAAUGGUGCAUAGGCGAUAAAACAUGGAAGAUCAACAAACUACGUUAUGCUAUAACCUACAUUGAUUUAUCAGCACAUUUUAGGUUGUGUCAUUCUUUAUACUCACAGCCAGCUACUAAACAGUGCUCUCUAGAGUACUCCUCCUGCAGAUUAGAAAACCUAACACAUUAGUGAGCUUCAUAAGUGGUUCCAAUGAAUGCCUUGUACAACUGUAUGCUGGCGAAGUGGAGAUUAUCUUCACUUUUUUCUGUAUAACAAUUUGGUUUUCCAGGUGCAAAAGGAUAUGUCGCACAUAAAAACAAAUGCACACAUUUGUGUCCUGUGUGUUUUGAAUUUGGUAAACAUUCUAUUAAACCGCUUUCUCCAGCCCAGCUCAAUGCAAGCUCCAAACCUGGUAAGUCAAGGGACAAAAAAUAUAAUAAUCCAGUAUUGUAGCAACAGCAUCAAGAAUGAGUGCAAAACAGAAAUGUAAACAUCUAUUCAAAUGACAUUUGAAGCUGCUUGCGUUUUAGUCGGUAACAGGGACUGUGCCUAAGAUGCAAUCAGACCUUUUUUGUAUAGAAUGCAUGUUGGAAUCAUUGUAUUCAUUUUUGUCAAAGUGUUUUGAUGUACAGUAUGUACAAACUCUUUUGUUUUUAAUUACUUUAUAAAAG